AUGGUACAUCACGUGCCUAGCGGACCUGUUCUUUCACUUCGUACCCAAUCUCCCACACAACAUAUGCGCUUUCACGUGACAUUUGACACAAGUCUUCAUCAAUUAGAUCAAACAAAAAGAAACUUAAUCAUUCAAAAGUUAAUCACAGAAGCUCUAGAUUAUUUUCAUAAAACUCUUAAAGUAAAAGCAUCAAAACAGCCAAUUCGUCUUCAGCACAUGUGCCGUAAACGCUCGUAUUUUCUCAAAGACAAGGAAGGGAAAAGUAAAGGAAGUACAAUAUUUUGUAAGAAAGCGUGUGUAAAAACAUACUGUGGUCCUGUUACAAUACCACAGCAACAUCUAGACAUAUGUAGAACAUGCGAUGAACAUGGCUCACAAUGUCAGUCACAAAACAAAGAAAAUAUAGAAGGCAUAAAACAUAAAGAUUUUAUCCUGUAUGUAUCGUCGUUACAGACACAACAUUGCAGAGAGACAAAAGCGGUUGCUUAUGCAUCCUAUUGUCAACAAGAGCAUUCGCUGGAUAGACCUAUUGCUGGCUUUGCUAAUAUUUGUCCUGGUGAAAUACAAACUGAUCCACGUCAUUAUCCUGGUCUCUUAGCAACCAUUAAACACGAGAUUUUUCAUGCCCUUGGUUUCAGCGCAGGUCUUUAUGCAUUUUAUAGAGAUGGAUUGGGUCGACCAUUGACACGGAGAAACGCAUUUGGUCUACCUAGCUAUAAUAACAAUACAAACUUAUAUCAAUGGAGUGGAAAUAUUGUCAGGGAAAUAACACGGAAAGACUGGGAAACAGCGCAUGGACUAGUAGAACAUGAAGUAUUGAUGAUAGUGACUCCAAAAGUUAAACAUGAAGUGAGAAAACACUUCCGGUGUAGCUCUUUAGAAGGAGCAGAGAUUGAGAACCAGGGGCGUACUGGAACACGAUGGACACAUUGGGAAAAGCGAGUGUUUGAAAACGAGGCAAUGACAGGAACAUAUACUCAGAAUCCAGUGUUCUCUCGGAUGACACUGGCAUUGAUGGAGGAUACAGGGUGGUAUAAGGUGAACUACAGGAUGGCAGAGGAUUUAGAUUGGGGGAGAAAUCUUGGUUGCAUGUUUGCCAAACGCAGCUGUCGAACCUGGAUGAGAAGUCAACUUAAGAAUAAUGAUUCUCCUUCGCCAUUUUGUUUCCAAACCAAACAAACCCCAUUACACACUCGUUGUACACAUAGUAAUGAUGCAGUAGCGCUAUGUAAUCUUGAGAAAUACUCGAGCGCUCUACCAAGAGAAUAUCAAUAUUUCAACCACCUGUCUAGAAACGACGCUUUAAAAUCUCUUAUAACAGAUACAAGAGCGUUUGGUGGAUCUGUCGGCCUUGCAGAUUACUGCCCGUUUUAUCAAAAGUUUAGUUUGACAAACUCUGAUCAAAAAGCCAGAGAAACAGCGUGUCAUAUGCCGGAUAAUAGCCCCGACUAUUUUGAUAAUUACGCUUUAGAAAGUUACGGUUCGGAAUCCAAGUGUGUAGAGCAGGCCAGCCAAUGGAGUGCACAGAAGGGACGUCUGACUCGUACCAUGUUGGACUGGGGUAGUGGUUGUUACAAAUACUCAUGUUCAGAUGAGACACUUUACAUUAUUGUUGCAGGAACGAAAUACAAAUGUACGAAGAGAGGACAUGUUUUACACAUCAAUAGUACUUUAGGACAGUGGUCAAUAAUUGGAACAUUACGUUGUCCUGAAUGUAAGCAGUUUUGUCCUGGGCGGUGCUCAGAGAAACCAAAUAUAAGACAAUCUAUUUUAGGAAAAUCUGAUUCGCAAUACGAACAGACUGUUACUAACGGCAGCAAUCCUACAUGUAUUGGAAUGCUGCACUCAGACUUGAUCUUUUUAUAUUUUUACUGUAUUAUAAUAUUUGUAAUCUCAUCUGUAUAA